AUGGCGGAAGAGAUUGUGGCGGGGUCUGCUGAUUUUCCAUUGAAGAGGUCCAGAGAGGAAGAAGAGAACGGAGUCUAUGCGGCCUCAACCGUGUCCGUGGAGACUGAUACUGGCAAAGAGGCUGAUGGUGUUUCUGCUGUUAUUCCUGGGUGGUUUUCAGAGAUUAGCCCAAUGUGGCCAGGAGAGGCACAUUCCUUGAAGAUAGAGAAGAUUCUAUUUCAAGGGAAGUCUGACUAUCAGGAUGUGAUGGUCUUCCAGUCAUCAACAUAUGGAAAGGUUCUUGUAUUGGAUGGGGUGAUUCAGCUAACCGAAAGGGAUGAAUGUGCCUAUCAAGAAAUGAUUACUCAUCUUCCCCUCUGCUCAAUUCCAAACCCAACGAAGGUUUUGGUUAUCGGUGGAGGAGAUGGUGGAGUUCUGCGGGAAGUGGCUCGCUAUUCUUCUAUUGAGCAGAUAGAUAUAUGUGAGAUUGACAAGAUGGUGGUUGAUGUGUCUAAGCAGUUUUUCCCUGCUGUAGCUGUUGGAUAUGAGGACCCACGAGUCACACUUCAUGUUGGUGAUGGAGUUGCAUUUUUGAAGGCUGUUCCUGCAGGAACUUAUGAUGCAGUAAUAGUGGACUCUUCUGACCCAAUAGGUCCUGCACAAGAGCUUUUUGAGAAGCCCUUUUUUCAGACGGUAGCAAAUGCUCUUCGUCCAGGAGGAGUCGUGUGUACUCAGGCAGAGAGUAUUUGGCUUCACAUGCACAUCAUUGAGGAUAUUGUGGCCAACUGUCGCCAGAUAUUUAAAGGCUCCGUCAACUAUGCAUGGACUACAGUUCCUACAUAUCCAAGGCAUACACUUUUCUGA